UGUUUCCUUGUAGUACCUCCGAUGCUUUGGUUCCUCCAAUAUACCGCCCAAUUAUAACGAGUGAUCAGUAGCGGGUACGUGCCAGAGCUAUGAGAGCAGCAUUGCUCUAGCACGCGCAGUGCGAGACGACGAGCGGUCACGGAGGCCUGACGCGCAAAUGGCAGCCGCUCAAGGAACAGGCAGCGCUGAGCCGGAAGACACGAGCAAGAAGCGAGUGCGCUCUGCUCCAUCUGUUCUGGACGACCUGGACACGGCCAUCAAGAAGCUGAAAGUGAGCGCAAAGAAGCAGGACGGCCAAGGCGCGCCGGACCUGCCCCGGAAGCCCCGUAAAAGCCACCUGCUGGGCCCGUCGCGCAGGUUACGGUCCCGACGCCCGUCAAAGAGCACCUCCGAAACCAGCGUGACGCCCAACGGUCCAGCAGGCGCCUCCGCCGAGCAAGGAGCCGAGUCCACAUGUCCAGGCAGCUUCCGCGUCAACUCCGUCAAAGAGUCGUCGUCUGCCCCGGACCUGACGUGCGAACCCCCGAUAGAGGAUGACACGACCGUCAACGAGCUCGCGGCUUACUUCGAAAAUCUCGUUCACAUCCCGCGCAAGAUGUCCGCUAUGGCCGAAAUGAUGUACAUGUAGCGACGCCGGAGAGGCCGUGACCCGGGAUGCCACGGGAAUGAAGUGGACUUCAUUUAUCUCGCUCACUGCGGUGAGGUCAAUAAACCGCAAUGUUCACCAGA